AUGCCACGCAAGAAAGGCAAAGGCAAAUCCAAGGCCUCCGCCUCGAAGAAGCACGAGGCGACAGAAGGCAACGAUUCGGCCGCUCAAACCCCAGAGCAUACGACACCUGGACCUUCUACCGGCGGUUUACCGGCGCCGUCCCCGAAGCCUGGGCCGCACGCAGGAGAUGACUCUAGUCAUGCAGCCCCAGAGAACGACGCCAGUAGCGACAGGAGCACCAUCACCGCGGACGAUAGCACCGUCUUCGUGGACGAACAAGGAAACGAGAUCAAGCGAAAGGCAGAAGCAUACGAGGACAUCACGGUGGAUGAGCAGCCUCCUUUCAGAAUGGGCAUCGUGGGCCGAGGCCCUGAUGAAUACGCUCAUGCAGAGGAUUAUGCAAUUGGGGUGUUACAAUGUUUUGCCGAUGCCCCCAACCCCCCAAAGACCCGCAACACGUCCGGCGCAAAUGCCGCCCAAUGGGACCAGCACAUUACGCACCUUACCGCGGCCAUCACUGUAAUUAACGCUGAAGACUCCGAAACGGGCCACGUCUUCAGCCGCGGCUUGGCUGGACCCAAUGUGGAUGAGAUCAUAGAGAAGAUACUCGCCAAGUCAAAAAUCUGGCGCCCGGACACCGUGAUAUACAACUCAGCUCUGAAUGAAGGCGCAGAUAAUGUGAGCAUCGAGAGACUGGUUGCCGCCAUCGACAAGUUCAUUUCCAACACUGUUUCGGAGCCUGUUGAUUUCGAUAAUCAUAUCCUUGACGACUCCGAGGCAGCAUUUGCCGAUAUAGCAACCAUGGAGUUUUGCGAGUGCUGCCCCAAGUCUUCUCGCUCCCAAGAAAAUAAUGACAAAGGCGCCUCCGACCACGAGACAGCUGUCGCUGUUCCCAUCACAUCCACAAAGGUCUCAGAAGUUGAGAUCCCUCACCAGAGUCAUCACUGGGUCAAGUGGGUUCAAUCGUACAGGACCCCCCGUGAGCCUCCUUUUAAAGUCCAAGGUAUCAGCGAGAUGAGUUUCGCUGAGGAAGGUGAGAACCCAAAUGCCCUAGAAGAUGAAGUACAGGAGGAAAAUAAGGAGGCGGUGAAGAAAAAGAAGAAGAAGAAGUCUAAGAAAAAGAAGAAAGCGGUCGAGAAAGGAACGGAAGGCUCUAUUCCUCCUCCUCCCGAGCCUUCCAGGGAAGAGUCCGAGAAGGUGUCAGAAGAUCACACUCCUCCUACGAUUGAACCACCGCUAGAAGAGUCCGAUAAAGGGGCGGAAAUUCUCACUCCUCCUACGACCGAGCCACCGCUGAAAGAGUCCGAGAAGGUGUCAGAAGAUCACUCUCCUCCUGCAACUGAGCCACCGCUAGAAGAGUUUGAGAAGGUGACGGAAAUUUUCACUCCUCCUGCAACCGAGCUACCAGCAGAACAGUCCGAGAAGGGGACAAAAGCUUCCACUCCUCCUCCGACUGAGCCUCCGACAGACGUUUUUGAGAAGCAAGACGGAGGCUCGGACUCGUUGCAACCACCGGAAGAGCAGAUCACCGAUUUCAAGGUGCCAGCCGGAUCUAAUGACGCAGCAAAUACGGACGAUCAGCCCCAAUGGUUGGCCCAGAACAAAAAGCGAGGUAAAAGGAACAAGCGCGGUGGCAAAUAUCCAACUCCUACUGGGAAUUCUUCGCCGCAGUGGCGUGGAGGUUCUCGCAAGCGUUUUCGCGGUAAAAAGUCGAAGCUAGCCCAGGAAGUGGAGCAACUCAAACAGAGCAAUGGGGAGGGCACAGUCAGUCCUCCGGCACCCAUUGAGCCACCCGGAAGUGGAGAAAGUACACUUCCUCCUUCAUUGGGAGUACAAUAUGACACAAUCUGGCCUUCAUUGGAGUCGAGUUCUACAUUUGCCUCUUCCCAAAGCAAGCCUACAAGCCUCCCGGACAGCGGAUUCGCGAGCGACAAUGCAAAGUUGGAGAAGGCGGCACACCAGAAGGAGCCUGAAAAAACCAUACCCGAACCAUCAGGGGCCGACAAGAAACUCGAUGUUGAACACCAGGAUGCCAAUACUACGGUGAUUGACAGCGGCAGCCUCGAGAAUCAGGAUACUAAAAAUAUCAAUGGAGCAGAUGGAAUUUCUGUUCAAGAAGAGGAGAACACCUCUAAAGAGAAAGUUAGCCUAAGGGUCAUGAAAGCACGGGACGUUCGCAGCAUAUCCGGCUACAAUCCCAAGGCUGGAGGCUUGAGAAGGGUCUACUACUUCUCGAAGGAUGCAAGGGACCUUUCGAAAGAGAAGCCACCAGCUAUGACGGAGCCUGCACGCAAGUGCAAGAUUAAUUUCUUGGCCACCGACGAUACAGAUUCUAGUCUCUGCGCAUAUAACCCAAGCACGGUACCACUUGCUAUCACCAUAUAUACCCCUGUGGACAUUCCCCCGGUCCCUCCGACUGGUGGCUCGGACGAAGCGCAAGCGAGCUUAAACAGAGACAUUUCCGGAAAGCUUCAGCCGUGGAUGACAGAACAUGAAAGUCUGAAGGUCCGAGUUAAGCACUUGGAAACAAUGACCUCCAAUCUCAUGAAUAACAAUACGACGUUGAGUUACAACACUAGUACGUUACCGCAAAAGCUUCAGGCCACCGAUGCUUCUUUCACGCCCUCGUACACGGCUACCAGCGCUCCUUUACCCGCGAACACGGCUCCCGACACUUCUUUUAUACCUCAAUACACGGCUCCCAAUACGCCUUCCAUGCCCCAGUACACGGCUACUGGGGCUCCUUUGCCCGCGGACGCAGCUUCCAAUGUUCCUUUCAUGAAUCAGUACACAGAUCCCAAUGCUUCUUCCAUGAACCAGUACCCAGCUGCCGGCGCUCCUUUCAUGAACCAGUACCCCGCUACCGGCGCUCCUUUCAUGAGCCAGUACACAGAUCCCAAUGCUCCUUUCAUAAACCAGUACCCAGCUGCCGGCGCUCCUUUCAUGAACCAGUACCCCGCUACCGGUACUCCUUUCAUACCCGCGAACACAGCUACCGGCUCCUAUCAUACCGGCGGACAGGGCUACCAGCAUUCCCAUCACACCCACGGACACGGCAACUGGCUCCCACCACACCCGCAUACACAGCCACCGGCUCCUAUCACAUCCGCGGACACGGCUACCAACUCUGCUACCAUACCCAAAGACACCACUUCCGACGCUGCUACAAUACCCAAAGACAUCGCUUCCGACUCUGCUACCAUACCCGAGGACUCUGCUAUCAUACCCGAGGACUCUGCUGCCAUACCCGAGGACGUCGCUUGCGACUCUGCUACUAGACCCAGGAACACGGCUUCGACUCAGGCACAAACACUUCGAAAGACUAAAAGUUUCUGA